AUGGAUGAAUUGGAAAGGCUUAACAACACAGUUGAAUCUAUUAGAGCUGUGUUACUUGAUGCUGAUGAGAAACAAGAGCAAAGUCAUGUCAUACAAAAUUGGGUUAGAAGGCUCAAAGAUGUGCUUAUUCCUGCAGAUGACUUGCUAGAUGAAUUUGUUAUUCAAGAUAUGAUACAAAAAAGGGAUCAUAAACCUCAUCAAAACAAACUAACAAAGGUACUUCAUUCCUUCUCUCCAAACAAAAUUGCUUUUCGCCGAGACAUGGCUCGUGAGAUUGUAAAAAUACAAAACAAGUUUAAUGAUGUGGUGAGAGAUAUGUGUGGGUUGAAUUUAAACUCAAAUGUUGCGGUGGUUGAGAAAACUAAUAGUGAACGAAGGGAAACCGAUUCUUAUGUGUCAGAAUCAGAUAUCAUUGGAAGAGAAGAAGAUAAGAACAAGAUUAUAAGCUUGUUGAAACAGCCUUGUGAAAUUCAGAAUGUGUUUGUGGUUGCUAUUGUUGGGAUUGGUGGUUUAGGAAAGACAACUCUUGCUCAGUUGUUAUAUAAUGACAUGGAGGUACAGAAUUUGUUUGAAAAGAGUAUGUGGGUAUGUGUCUCUGAGAACUUUGAUGUCAAAACUAUUAUGAAGAAUAUGUUGAUGUCACUAACCAAGAAUAAAAUUGAUGAUACAUUACCAUUGGACUACCUGCAAAAUAUGCUUCGAAACAAUUUAACCGGUAAGAGAUACUUGUUAGUCCUAGACGACGUUUGGAAUGAGAGUUAUGAAAAAUGGGCUCAAUUGAGAACUUAUUUGAUGUGUGGUGCUCGAGGCAGUAAUGUUGUAUUGACAACUCGUAAUACAAUGGUGGCAAAAACCAUGGGUGUAAGUGUCCUCCAUGUUUUGAAUGGUUUGAGUCCAACAGAAUCUUGGAGUUUAUUAAAGAAGAUUACAUUUGGAGAUGAUACCAUUAGAGUGAAUCAGACAUUUGAAUCAAUUGGUAAGAAGAUCGCAGAAAAGUGCAAAGGAGUUCCAUUAGCAAUUAGAUCAUUGGGAGGAAUAUUACAGAGUAAAAGUGAAGAAAAAGAAUGGAUUGAUGUCUUAACAAGUGAUUUUUGGAAAGUGUGUGAGGUUAAAGAUAGCAUCUUGCCGGUCCUAAAAUUGAGUUAUCUUAACUUGUCGCCUCAACAAAGACAAUGUUUUGCUUAUUGCUCUUUAUAUCCUAAGUGUUGGAAAUUUAAUAAGGAUGAGUUGAUUCAAAUGUGGAUGGCACAAGGGUAUCUUGACUGUUCAGUUGAAGGGCAAUGCAUGGAAGAUGUUGGUAACCAAUUCAUUAAAAUUUUCUUGAUGAAAUCAUUCUUCAAAGAUGCAAGAAUAAAUGCAGAUGGUGAUAUAUAUGGUUUUAAAAUGCACGAUUUAAUGCACGAUCUUGCGACACAAGUAGCUGGCAAUGAUUGUUGUUACUUGAAUAGUAAGACAAAAAGAUGUCUAGGAAAACCGGUGCAUGUAUCGGUGGAACUGGAUGCAAUUUGUUUAUUGGAAUCAUUGGAUGCUAGUAGGCUGCGAACUUUGAUUGUCUUUUCUUUCAAAAGCGAUGGUUUUUUGGAUACACAGAAAUUGUCAGUAAUUUCAACAUUCAAAUACUUGUGUGUCUUGAAGCUGUGCAAUUUUAUUGAAAACUUGUGUUUGCGUAAUGAUAUGGACCAAUUUAUCAAUGCAAUGUUGAAUGUGCAGAGAGCUGUUAUGACAGAUGCUGAAGCCGAUGCAUGGACUUCCUUUAAGUCCUUCAAUGAAUCGAGAAUCAAGGUUCCUAAGGAUGUAACUGGGAAGGAGAUGGUCACGGAGGUGUAA